AUGGCCGUUACCAAUAACCUUAGCGAAAUUGGACUUGCGAAGCAUUUCUGGAUCAAGUUCAACCGUGAAUCAAUCUUUGCGUUGUUCACUCCUUUUGUCAUCUCUUUAGCCUCCGGUAACCUCAAGACCGAUUCCUUCCGUCAUUACAUCGCACAAGAUGUUCAUUUUCUUCGUUCUUUUGCUAAAGCGUAUGAGUUGGCGCAAGAGUGUGCCGACGAUGAUGAUGAUAAGCUUGGACUUUCUCAGUUGAGGAAGGAAGUCUUAGAGGAGCUUAAGUUGCACGACUCUCUGGUAAAGUACAGAAAUAUUGCUUACCACCUCACAACAUAUGUUUUGUUCGAAAAAUCAAAACAAGAGACAAAAGGAAAUCAAAAAACAGAAACAAAGUUGAACAAGAAAGAGGUGUUUUACAUGAAUGAGAGUGUUGUUUUAGACAACCCAACUCUUCCAACUUUCCCCAUCAAUGGGCCAGAUGUAUCCGUGUUUCAGAUGACACGGUUGGUUAACAAGACUGUAGAUUGUGUUGUGGAGAAAAACAUUGUUCGGAACCGCCAUGAGCAUGGAAGGCUGGAGUUUGGGCUAGUUAUUUCGGGUACGCUCAAGUUCAGCAACACCAUCUUCCAUUCCCGGAAGUCUUUGAAGGUGAUUUGCUACCCUCUCAAGUUUGGAUAA